GCAGACCAUUCUCCCGAAGAGUUGGUUUUUGUCCCCAAGGGAAAGCCAAGUGCUUGGGGCUGAAGACAAAAAGGGGCACCAGCCACAUCAAGGUCGUUAACUUUGCCGCGAAACCAAUCCAUGUCGUUGCAAAGGGCGUGGACCUAGGGUCCAAAAUAUGGAAGAACCUUGGAGAUAGAGAUUGA